CUCAAUCAGACAAUCGCUGGCCGUCGUCAAGUGAUGCAGGUCUAUCUACAAACUGUUCUAAACACUUAACAGUUAAUAGUUUAUACAUACGCGUCGCCCUUCAGUGCGAAAGCGGCAACUAAACGAAUUACAACUCGAUAAUAAUUCUAAUUUUUAUUGCAAGAUAACAUAAACAACAAUUGAUUUGACUGUUCGCUAGGUUAAAAAUGUGGGUGGCUUCUAUUAUUAGCAUUCUAUUUUUGAGUGCAGUAAUUUGUGAUCCAGUAGUAAGGAUUACAAAAGGUGCAAUUCAAGGAGUAACUUCAAAAUCGAGAGAUGGCCGAGAUUUUUAUUCUUUUACCGCCAUACCAUAUGCAAAGCCACCAGUCGAUGAACUUAGAUUUGAGCCUCCAGUGACGGCAGAUUCGUGGGGGGGUAUUUUAGAUGCCACCAAAGAAUCAAAUAUGUGUACGCAAAAUAACCAUUUUUUCCCGGCAAUCAGACACUUAAUACUUGGCCAAGAAGACUGUUUAUAUUUGAAUGUCUACACACCAAAUUUAAAUGGAAAACUUCCAGUAAUGUUUUGGAUACACGGUGGAGGAUUUCUUGCUGGUCAUAGCGGGUCAAACAUAUUUGGACCUGAAUAUUUUAUGGACAAUGAUGUUGUUUUGGUUUCUAUAAACUAUAGGCUUGGAUUAUUUGGAUUUAUGAGCACCGAAGACGACGUGAUACCAGGUAACAAUGGACUCAAAGAUCAAGUCAUGGCUUUACGUUGGGUCCAAGAAAAUAUUGCUAACUUUGGCGGUGAUCCCGGGCAGGUGACACUAUUCGGCGAAAGCGCGGGAGGUGCCAGUGUAGGAUACCAUUUAUUAUCUCCGUUAAGUAAAGGCCUGUUUCAUAAAGCCAUACUCCAGAGUGGCACACCUUUGUGUCGUUGGGCUGUUUCCCCACCUGGGUUAAUCCGCAAACGCACCGAAGCAGUUGCUACUAUCGCUGGAUGUAAUUCCGAUACUUCUGAAGAAAUAUUGAAAUGUUUAAAAAAAGUUCCAGCUAAUUAUGUGGUUGAUCUUCAUAAUAAAUUUUUCGAGUGGAUCAAUCAUCCAUGCAUAAUAUUCCCGCCUGUGGUUGAAUCAUGCGAUUCAAACCAGGAAUCGUUCCUAUGUAAUCAUCCAAUUACUGACUUUAAACAAGAAUCUGAUGUACCUGUAGUUAUUGGUUUGAACUCGGGCGAAGGUGGUGUGUUUGUAGCAUCUUUAUUCAAUGAAACUUCUCUUCAAUAUCCGGAACUGUCCACCGAUAUAAAUCGUCUGUUGCCCAUUUUAUUAAUGUACAAACAUGUGUCAUUGCCUAAACAUUUUGACGAAAUUAGUAAUCGGAUCAUGGAAAUGUAUUUUCCAUCGGGAAAGAUAGAGAGCUACUCACAUUUGGAUACAGUCAAAAUGAUCGGAGACGGAACUUUUAUCAAGUGUUCUCUGGACAUGAGCAUUAAAUUAUCUUCACCCGUCCAUUUUUAUUUAUUUGAUUAUAAAAAUGAGUUUUCAUUCAACCAAUUGUAUGGCGAUUGUAAAAAGCCUCUUGGAGUAAGUCACGCUGAUGAAUUGAUUAGCUUGUUUCAAUUGAAGGAAUUGAAUCCCAAAGGAUUAAACGACAAAGAUACAAAAAUGUCAAAGCUCAUGGUUAAUAUUUGGGUCAAGUUUGCAUCAUCUAAAAUACCUACUGUUGAUGGAACGGAUAACGGACAAGCUUGGCCUGUAUUUACUUCUAUUGGAGAAUCAACUUUAUUGCACAUAGAUUCAGUCCAACCGAAACUUAUAAAAAAUCCAUUCGAGGAGAAGUAUAAAUUUUGGAGUGAACUACCUUUAUUAUCUGGUUUAAAUAAAUUGAUAUCACCAAACAAUUUUAAUAUAAAAAACGAACUGUAGUGUUGUUAUAGUUUUUAAUUAUAGACUUAUUUUUAAAAUUUUAGACCAACCAAAUAUUAGGUGAUAUAUUUAUAUCUACAAUUAUAUUAUAUGAUACCGCUUAAAAUAACCAUUUCUGUGUUUAAUACUCGAAACGAUGAUACUAAAUAAUGUUACAAUAAUUUUCCAUUAUUUUAUUCAUAUGGUUUAUUUGUAUAAUGAUUUUGAAAUGUCUUAGAUUUUACAGUUAUUUAUUUUAGCCUUUUUUAAAAAGGUACUUUAAUUUUUUGUUUUAUAAAUUAUUAACUUGUGUAUUAUUAUAAUAACGUUUUUUAAUAUUUCACUGCGAAGACUUAAAUGUAAUCUACUUUUUAGUUAUUAAUUAAGCGUAGGCAGAAAGAGAGAGGUUUCGAAAUGAUGUAGGUAAUAAGAUAAGUGUAACCAAUAUAAAUAUAUAAUAUUACCUUGAAUAAAUGAGAUAUUGAGAUUUGAGGUGCCAAUA